AUAGGUGGCACUGUCGUGGCGGCCGGGCGGGUGGCGCUAGUGUCAUGGGCGGCACCACAGAAGAAGAGCUGCAUUCUGUCCUGGAAGAAAACAUCAGGCAGACAGCAGCAGCAGCUGUCUUCUUUGGACAUACUGUUACAAAUGAAGACGAAGCUGCCAGUGGACUGAAGACUUCGUGCAGGUCACCAUGGAAACCUAACGUUAGAAACGUUAGGGAUGACUGAAUUGUCAAUAAACAUCAACAAGAGAAAGAAGCAGUACUUUCCGUGAUGGAGUUCCCCCAGCAUUCCCAGCAGCUGCUGUCAGCGCUGCGUUCCCAGCGCCAGCGGGGCUUCCUCUGUGACUGCACCGUCCUGGUGGGCUCAUCCCAUUUCCUGGCUCACAGGGCAGUUUUGGCCUCCUGCUCACCUUUUUUCCACAUGUUCUACUCAGACUCUCCAGGGGUCAUCGGUGGAAACGGCACCAGCAGCUCUGUCACUCUCGACAGCGACAUUGUUACGGCUGCUGCAUUUGGCUUGCUCUUGGACUUUGUCUAUGAAGGCGUGCUACAGCUGGGCGAGUCUCUACCAGUGGAGGACAUAUUGGCAGCUGCAAGCUUUCUGCACAUGAACGAGGUGGUGAGAGUCUGCAAGAAGCGACUUCAGAGACGGGGGCCACUGGCUGAGGCAGACAGCACUCGAUCUGAAGAGAGCGCUGGAGCGAGAAGGGCAAUAGAGACAGGGAGAGAGGGUGGAGGUGACGGUGGAGCUGAGCCAGUGGUGGCCAUGGCAGGAGAUCACUUGAAUCCAGUCGCCAUGGCAGCACCAUUCUCAUCUUUAUCUACAAUGGCAGAGAGGAGUCAGUUGGAGUCUGUGAAGUCUGAGAGGAGGACUGGGGCGGGGUCAGAAGCACAAGUUCAGACUCCUCUGAGCCCUGACAUCGCGGAUACAACGCAGCCAGGCAUGGACGCCCCUCCUCUGCGCCCAAGCAGAGAGCUGGUGCAGGGACUCCUCACAGGCCGGUCUACCGCGGGAGGUCACGUCAGGUUAGGGUCUGGAGGUCACAGAGAGGGGUCAGCACUCUGCAGCCCUUGCAGUACCACUGAGACAUACAGCCACAGCAGUAACCAGCAGCCCUCAUCUUCUUCUUCCUUCCUGGUGCCAGUGAGCCAGGCUGGCGGUCAGUCAGUGGUUGCUUAUUCCCAGUCAGGACCGAGCCUCUCCCCCAGCCCCCAACAAGAAGUACCCCGACUGGCACGUGAUGACUCUGUAAGGAAACCCUCAGAGGCUGAACACAGAGGUACAUUAGGCAGAGAACAACAGAUGGUAAUGUUAAUCCAAGCAUCAGCACGAACCUCGCAAAACCCGACACACUUGCCACCACAGCGUGCACUUCCCCAGAUUCGAAUCCAGAACGCUGUGUCGCUCCAACGCCAAAACUUGGACUUCCACUCGGCUCCUCAGACCCAGUCACCUAAAGGACCUGAGGGGAAUAUAGGAGCUUUACCCACCAGACAAAAUGAAAGAUCUCAGCCUCUUAUGGGCAGAGUGAGGACAAACAACAAUGAUGGAGAGAAUGUGAACAUCAAAGUGGAGGCCAUAGUUAUAUCUGACGAAGAGCUAGAGGAGGAGAAAGAGGAAAGCAGCGAGAGGGAACCAGUGAUGGAAGUAGACGAUGAGUAUGAGGAAGAAGAGGAGCUACACAGCCCUCAGUUUCUCGCCUGCAACCCGCAGGGCCUCUUACAAAUGACCUCCCAUUCAAAUGACUACUCCUUCCCCCUCUCUCCCUCCUCUUCCUCCUCUGGUGCCGGCCCUUCCUCCCAGGACACUUCCUCCUUUGCCCUCAUUCCUCCAUCCACAGCUCAGCAGCAUUCAGACCAUCCUGCCUACUUCCAGGACUUCCAGGACGCUAUGGGGAACUUUGUAGAGGACGUCCCCACAUGUGGAGUCUGUGGAAAGACUUUCUCUUGUACAUACACAUUAAGGCGCCACGCCAUCGUGCACACACGCGAACGUCCUUAUGAGUGUCGCUACUGCUACCGGAGCUACACACAGUCAGGCGACCUGUACAGACACAUACGCAAAGCUCAUGACCACACAUUGCCAGCCAAACGCAGCAAGGCAGACAUGGAGCCCUCCCUGCCACCACAACCACCACCUCUUAGCUAACACACAAAGACACACACUAUUGUACUUCUGUACUUAUAAUUCUACAUUUAAACCGAAAUCAUGCAGAUCUGCAACUAAUUCAUUUGUUGGUUAUUUUCUUAAUUAAUUAAUGUCAGAGAAAUUGUGAAAAAUGUCUAUCACAAUACUUAUAUUUUUAUAUUUGCACCCAGCAGACACCCAUGCUUUUUAUUCUACUGAGGACAUUUGAUCUAGCCUGACAUUGCCAGAACAAAUCGCAAAUGUGAAUUAGCCUCUCAGUUCAUUUCAGAUUUCCAAGGGGUGUUAUCAACGGGUUAUCAAUGUGUCGUAGCGCUGAGCGGUGUAGAUGGCCAAUCACAGCAUAUAAGAAAGGAGGGACUAAAAUAAUAAUAAUAAUAAUAAUAUAUUUAAUUUAUAUAGCGUUUUUCAAGACCUCAAAGCCGCUGAGCGACGAGAAAUGUAAACGGACUUCACUGUGCAGAGAUGAGCUGGUAUUUUAUGAGGUGGUAAAUGAAACUUUUGCUAUAUUGUCAGAAGUACAGCAAACGCAUCUUACUUCUCGAAAAAAUGCAGUUGGUUGUUCUUUUAGCGAAAAUAUACCGAGAGCAAAUAUAGCGACUUCAACAGAAAGUUCAGCUGCAGCAAUCUUAGUUGUUUUUGAAAAUGCUUAAACGCCGCUCCUCUUUAAGGUCUUCGACUCAAACUCUCCCCAUAUUAAAUAACUGGUUGUGAUUGGCCGGCAGAUCUCAAGUUGCUGGAAAACUGUACAAAUCGGAGCGAAUAAAACAUGAGCUUGCAGAUCCGUCUGGUUCCCAGACAAAUUUUGAGCCCCAUAAGUACAGAAAUACAAGAACUCAUACACCGAAUAAACACCAGCGAUGUGGCAGGGAUAUCAGCAUCAUCAUUCAUCAAACUAACACGCUUUAUGUUCAUGUAUGACCGUUGUCUCCUUAAAACAUUUAUAAAAGAACAUUUUAAAAGGCAUUUUUAGGUUUUACAUUUUUUAAUACAUGUUGCAUACAUUCGUAUGGGUAUAAAAAUUAUCAAAAACUUAACUGUUGUAAGAUUCAGAUGUUCAAUCAUGUUUCAAUGAAUUUUGUGACUUCCUACACGUACACUGACUAUUUAAUCUCAAAACACAGUUAAGAGAAAGCUGUUGUGUUUUUAAUUGAGUUGUAAUGUUUACGACUGCUUUGUCAGUGUGCGACUCUGUGCCAGCAAAGUUUGACUGAUUGAUUAAUAGUAGUAGCAUUGUAUGGCCCAAUGUUUUAUUUACAGGGUGAAACCAUCAGAGCAAAUACCUGCAAACUUUAAAAUUAGAAUCUGAUUUGUAAUACAAGCUUUUCCUUAUAUCAAUUUUAAUAAAGCCCGUUCAUUAGCAGAUAUAUACAGCAUAUCUGAUUAAGUAAAAAAUCAGCUGUGCCAAAUGGCCUUUACUUUGCCUUGUUUCUUCAUCUCCGUAUCUCCUUUAAAAUUCAGUAAAAGGUCUUUGAUUAGGAAUAUUUUUAAAUGAUGCAACUGACCCAGAAAUAUCAAAGUAGCAGCCAUAAAAACUUAUUGAAUUGUAUGCAUUUCCAUUGGCUGUCCAGCAUUAUAUACAGUAGUGUGAUUAUCAUAGCACUGUGGCUUUCUUGUCCUAACUUAUGACUUUGCUUGGCAUUCUUCAUCAAGGUUCAUUUAAAGUUGUACGGUACCUAAACUUCCAGCCUACAUGCAGUAGGAUAUAAGUGUGUUUGGCUUUUCUUAUUGCCCAUAUGACCUUUCCUUCUGUAGCGUUUCACCUGUAAUAUGACAGAAUAUACAGUACGAGCAUUCUUUGACACAUGCAGUAAUUCUGCCUUCUCUUUAAAUGUUAAAAUUUUAUUUAGAAAUUCAACUUUAAAUGUGCCUAAAAGACCAUUUGACACAUUGGAAUUUUUUGUUCUGUG